AGAAAGAAAAUUGUUAUUUUUAUUAUUAUUAUAACUAAUAAUAAAUCAGCAAAAUUUUGGAUUUGGUUAUUGAUUAUCUCACCACCCAUUUUUCACUCAGGUGAUUCCGAGUCUCUCCUACAACGCAGGAAAAUUUGGGAAGACUAUCACAAAGGAAUUAUAUUAAGAUAGUAUAAAGGAGGCUGUGCAUCCAUUUGUUCAGGAUGAGCAGCCAGAAUCAAGGGGCUAGCUUAUGUUCUUCAGCAGAUACCCCUACGAAGCGGAAACGUGGGCGUCCACGCAAGGAUGAGAGUGUUCAAGGGGACAGCACACCUGUGACACCUGCAUCUGACAUUCUAAUGAAAAACAAGCAGAGCAUGGGAACAAGUAACACAGCCUCUGAUGAAAUGGUAGGCCAGAUGGUUUCUGGUGUCAUUGAAGGUUCAUUUGAUGCUGGAUAUCUUCUUCAUGUUAAGGUAGGUGACACCAACACUCAUCUGAGAGGUGUUGUAUUUCUACCAGGGCGAUUCACUCCAGUUACUGCUGCAAAUGAUGUGGCUCCUCAUGCUAAGAUGUACGAAAGAAAAGAGAUUUCUAUCCCAUUUGUAAACCCUCAAAGUCAGCACCAUGCUGUGGGUCCUCCAUCUGGGAAAAGUGAGAAACCUGUUGAGAAUAAAAAUGAUGCUCCUAACCUUCCAGACCAAAGUCUACAUACUGGGCUUCAGUCUGGUGGCACAACUGCUAGUGAGAGCAAAUCUGCCUCUAUUCUGAUUCCUCCAGCUAGUAACUUGCAAAUAAAUGACACAGGUCUUCCCCUGGGUCAAAAGGUCCUGAAAGAACAAAUCUUAGGUUCUCGAUUGCAGAAUGAUAAAGCUGUUGUACAGGAUCAGUCACUGGAGGGAUUUGAGGCCUUAAAACUGAUGAAAGGACCAAAUAUUGAUGUGGAGGCACCUAAAGCAUCAGAGCCAGUGUCAGCAACAUUUACUUCUACUUUGCCAGCUACUGAUACUGUAAUUCUGAAGCCUCAAGUUGAACAUCAGGCCUUGAGUUUGGACCUUAAGCCACAGGAAUUGAUUCAUGAUGAUGUGAAAAGCCUUGACUUUGGUAACAACCAAACUCCCAAGUUUCCUGAACCUGAACCUCAAUCCGUGGCCUGUGAACCCACUGGAAUCAAGAUGUUUGAAAAACAGGCUUCAUUAAGGCAAGAUAAAGAUAUUUCACAAGAUACUCAACCGGAGCAUGCUAAGAAGAUUAUAUGUGGAAAUGACAAGUCUCGCAUGGAUGGAUUGUCUACAAGUGAUACUGCCACAACUACUGUGACAGUUCCAUGCUCUGUAUCAACCAUCCUACCAAUAAUGAUAUUUGGUGCGGAAACUAUUCCAUCUGAAUCCAGGCCUGCUGCUGAAGAAUCUGAUGUUCCAAGAAGGGUUGUAUCUGAAGUUAGGAGUUCCUCAAUGGCUGCCAACACCAAUAGUGUGGAAAGUAAUGCCAAAGAUGCCAUUCCACCAGCACAGUCCUAGUUUUCUCGAGUUGUGAAACUAGAGGCGGGAAUAGAAUGAGCCUUAGAAGUUAAGGCUUGAAGGAUGACUUGUGUAAGUCAUGACUGAGGAUAGUUGAGAGUUUAAGGAAAAUCUCAAAUUUAGGUACUCUUUGUCUCUAAUUUGGAUUAUUUGUAAUGGGAAACUCUUUGCAAUCUACCUUUUACCUUUUGACUUCA